CGACGAGAAAGAGAACUAAGAAGUAAACAGGGAAGAGGGUUUAGGUACUGGGAACAAUAUAUCGCAUCUAUGAGUUGCUUAAGUUGUUGGUCUUUUUUGUGGGAUAUUAUGCCCGAUACUAGGCAUCUACCAAUAACUCUUCCAGAAACCGAAGGUUGUCAGAGAAUCGAAAAUAGAAUAUGUGAUUUGCCCGACGAUUUGCUCUUGCGGAUCUUGUAUUUCGUCCCGACGAAAGAAGCAUUCGCCACUGCAAUCUUGUCUAAACGAUGGCGUCCUGUCUGGACGAUGUUGCCAGAACUCACCUUCAAAGACGAAGGCAGCGAGAGCCUUGGGCGGUUUAUUGAGGAGUCAUUGAAACUCCACAAGGCGCCGAAACUACAGAGCUUGAUCGUCGAACUCGGUCCACGUUGUCUUGUUAACGUAGAUGUCGGGAAGUGGGUUGAAAACGCAGUUGAUCGCGGUGUGGAAUACUUACAGUUCUACCUCCUCUGGUCCGCAGAGCCCACACGCUUUCCUAAGAGCCUCUACACAUGCGAAACGCUCGUUAGGUUAACUCUAUCAAACAAGAUCCUUGUGGAUGUUUCUUCCCUGGCUCGCCUACCAUCUCUCUUAUCUUUGAGACUCCUCUGUGUGGUGUAUAAAGACGAAGGUUCUCUUGUUAAGCUUUUAUCAAGUUCCCCGGUUCUCCAGCAUCUGACGGUGGAAAGACAUAAGGAUGACAAGGUGACAAACUUUACCGUGAAAGUGUCUUCCUUACAAACAUUAUUUUAUUAUUGGAAGGAUGAGGAUGAGGAUGACGAUGAUCUCUUUGGGUCGUUGGUAAUCGAUUCCCCUGCAUUAACAAAGUUGGACUUAUUUGGCGUUUGGGAAGACUGUUUGAUAGAGAAUAUGCCUUGCCUUGAUGUGUCAAGCAUCGGCUGUGUUCAUAACCCCAACGAAAAUUUUCUAAGAUCUCUUUCUUCUGUCAAACAUCUCAAAUUUUUUUUGACCAAAUCAAUGGUUGCAUGCUGUAACGCCAUUCACUUCUCACGGCUCACAGAGUUUAGGUUUUUUCCAUAUAUUUCAGUAGAUUGGUUGGAACCGUUUAUGCUUUUGCUUCAAAAUUCUCCUAAACUGAAAACUCUUACCAUCGAGACAGUAGAUCCCGGGGGACUCCCACCAUCCUGGAACCAGCCAAGUUCAGUUCCCGGAUGCUUGUCGUCUCAUCUAGAGAUCUUUCGGUGGAGCUACUAUGAAGGAAGAGAAGUUGGGAAGCAGCUAUUGUCAUACAUUCUCGCUAACUCAAAGUGUUUAAAGACUGUGGAGAUCUUCAUGGAAACAUGCAAUCUUGAAGAGAAACGAAAGGAGAUAGAAUCUAUGCCUAGGAUCUCGACAUCAUCUCGGCUUCUAUUUCCCACUGUACUGGAAUAG